GCUGCGAGGAGGGGAUAGCUCUGUAGGGGAGGAGGCGGCGGGAGAGGGACAAGGAGAGGACAGAGUGAGCGACAGGAAGGAGAAGGUAAUUAAGAAAGGGUACUCCGAGAGAAGUGAGCCAGGGCAGUGGUCCGCUAAGAACCAACCGGCGGCAAACCCUCCCUAGGCGCCAAGAGGUCCCAACCUGGGCUGGAAAGUUGCCCUGCACAGGCAGCUGUUGCACCUCAUGUAAAAGGCAGAAAGUAAGAUGAAGAUUUUUCAGCGUGAGAUGCGGUUCUGGCUGCUUCUGGCUUUUUUGGCGGUUGCUUACUUCUGCACCAUCGUCCGGAGUCAAGUGGCUCCUCCCACAAGGUUAAGAUACAAUGUAAUAUCCCACGACAGUAUACAGAUUUCAUGGAAAGCUCCCAGAGGGAAAUUUGGUGGAUACAAACUACUCGUGGCUCCAGCUUCAGGGGGGAAAACCAACCAGCUGAAUCUGCAGAACGCUGCAACAAAAGCGAUUAUCCAAGGCCUUCUGCCAGAGCAGAAUUACACGGUUCAACUUAUCGCCUACAAUAAAGACAAAGAAAGCAAACCAGCUCAAGGCCAGUUCAGAAUUAAAGAUUUAGAGAAAAGAAAGGAUCCGACAAAGCCCAGAGUCAAGGUUGUGGACAAAGGAAAUGGAAGUAAAUCAACUUCACCAGAAGAGAUAAAAUUCUUUUGUGAGACUCCAGCCAUCGCUGACAUUGUCAUCCUGGUCGAUGGGUCGUGGAGUAUUGGGAGAUUCAACUUCAGGCUGGUGCGGAAUUUCUUGGAAAACCUGGUCACAGCGUUCAACGUGGGCUCAGAGAAGACCCGGAUUGGCUUGGCACAAUACAGUGGGGACCCCAGAAUAGAGUGGCACUUGAAUGCCUUUAACACAAAAGAUGAAGUGAUUGACGCUGUCCGAAGCCUUCCCUACAAAGGAGGAAACACUCUAACAGGCCUUGCUCUGAACUUCAUUUUUGAGAAUAGCUUUAAGCCAGAAGCAGGGUCAAGGAGUGGAGUUCCCAAGAUCGGCAUUUUAAUCACAGAUGGAAAGUCCCAAGAUGAUAUUAUCCCACCAUCCAGAAACCUCCGGGAGUCUGGUGUAGAGCUCUUUGCCAUAGGGGUUAAAAAUGCUGACCUGAAUGAGCUGCAGGAGAUCGCCUCUGAGCCAGACAGCACUCACGUCUACAAUGUUGCUGAAUUCGACCUGAUGCACACAGUAGUGGAGAGCCUGACCAGGACUGUGUGCUCCAGAGUGGAAGAGCAAGACAGGGAGAUUAAAGCCUCAGCCCUUGCCACCAUUGGGCCACCUACAGAGCUGAUGACUUCUGAAGUUACCGCCAGGAGCUUUAUGGUUAACUGGACUCACACCCCAGGAAAAGUGGAAAAGUACAGAGUGGUGUAUUAUCCCACCCGAGGUGGGAAACCGGAAGAGGUGGUGGUGGGCGGAAGUGUGUCUUCUGUAGUGUUGAAAAACUUGAUGUCAUCGACUGAGUACCAGAUAGCAGUGUUCGCAGUAUCUGCCCACACAGCCAGUGAAGGCCUGCGGGGAACGGAAACCACACUGGCCUUACCCAUGGCUUCCGACCUGGAGCUGUACGAUGUGACCGAGAGCAGCAUGCGUGUGAAGUGGGACGCGGUGCCUGGCGCCACGGGCUAUCUGAUCCUCUAUGCUCCUCUCACUGAAGGGCUGGCUGGGGAUGAAAAAGAGAUGAAAAUUGGAGAGACCCACACAGACAUUGAGCUGAGCGGCCUGUUCCCCAACACAGAAUAUACAGUCACCGUGUACGCCAUGUUUGGAGAAGAGGCCAGCGACCCUGCUACAGGGCAAGCGACAACCCUGCCCUUAACCCCACCAAGAAAUUUGAGAAUCUCCAACAUUGGCUCUAAUAGUGCUCGGUUAACCUGGGAUCCCACAUCAAGAAAGAUCAAUGGUUACAGAAUUGUGUAUACCAGUGCAGAUGGGACAGAAAUCAACGAGGUUGAAGUUGAUCCCAUCACUACGUUCCCCCUGAAAGGCUUGACCCCCCUCACGGAGUACUCCGUUGCCAUUUUCUCCAUCUAUGAGGAGGGGCAGUCCCUGCCUCUGGUUGGAGACUUUACAACAGAGGAAGUUCCCGCCCAGCAAUACUUGGAAAUUGAUGAGGUGAAGACAGACAGUUUCCGGGUGACCUGGCAUCCGCUCUCGGCUGAGGAAGGGCAACACAAACUCAUGUGGAUUCCAGUCUAUGGCGGGAAGACUCAGGAGGUUGCCCUCAAGGAAGAGCAGGACUCCUACGUUGUUGAAGGCCUGGACCCUGGAACUGAGUAUGAAGUCUCGCUGUUAGCUGUGCUCGAUGACGGCAGCGAGAGCGAAGUGGUGACUGCUGUGGGGACCACACUUGAUGACUUUUGGACACAAGCACCCACAACUGUAGAACCUACCAGCCCUGUGACUUCAGUUCUCCAGACGGGAAUCAGAAACCUGGUUGUAGAUGAUGAAACUUCUACUAGCCUGCGGGUCACAUGGGACAUUUCUGACAGCAAUGUGGAGCAGUUUCGGGUGACCUACCUGACAGCCCAAGGGGACCCUAUGGAAGAAGUGGUAGGAACGGUUCUGGUGCCUGGAAUGCAGAACAAUAUCCUUCUGAAGACUCUAAUUCCAGACACCGAAUACAAAGUCACCGUGACUCCCAUCUACACAACCGGAGAAGGCGUCAGCGUCUCCGCCCCUGGGAGAACUUUGCCGUCUUCUGGACCUCAGAACUUACGGGUCUCGGAAGAAUGGUACAACCGGUUGCGCAUUACAUGGGACCCACCAUCUGCCCCCGUGAAGGGCUAUAGGAUUGUCUACAAACCUGUGAGCGUUCCUGGUCAAACUCUGGAGACGUUCGUGGGCGCUGACAUUAACACCAUUGUUAUCACCAAUCUCCUCAGUGGAAUGGACUAUAACGUGAAGAUAUUUGCUUCCCAGGCCGCAGGCUUCAGCGACGCUCUGACUGGCCUCGUGAAAACCCUGUUCUUAGGUGUGACGGAUCUCCAAGCCCAUCAGGUUGAAACAACAAGCUUGUGUGCUCGGUGGCAAAUACACCGCCAUGCCACCGCCUAUAGGAUAGUUCUAGAAUCCCUUCAGGAUACACAUGCACAAGAAUCUACCUUGGGGGGAGGUGUAAACAGGCAUUGCUUCUACGGACUUCAGCCAGAUUCAGACUAUAAAAUCAGUGUUUACACGAAGCUCCAGGAGAUCGAGGGACCAAGUGUGAGCAUCAUGCAAAGAACACAAUCACUUCCCACCGAGCCACCAACGUUUGCUCCAACCAUUCCACCAGCAAAGGAAGUAUGUAAAGCAGCCAAGGCAGACCUAGUGUUCAUGGUGGAUGGAUCCUGGAGUAUUGGAGAUGACAAUUUCAAUAAGAUCAUCAAUUUUCUGUGUAGCACUGUGGGAGCCCUGGACAAGAUUGGUGCAGAUGGAACUCAGGUGGCAAUGGUGCAGUUCACUGAUGACCCCAGAACAGAAUUCAAACUCGAUGCUUACAAAACCAAAGAGACGCUUCUUGACGCAAUCAGACACAUUUCCUACAAAGGCGGAAAUACUAAAACAGGAAAAGCUAUUAAGUACGUUCGCGAUACCUUGUUCACUGCGGAGUCAGGUACAAGAAGAGGCAUCCCGAAGGUCAUCGUGGUUAUCACUGAUGGAAGAUCACAAGAUGAUGUCAACAAAAUCUCCAGGGAGAUGCAGGCCGAUGGUUACAACAUCUUUGCCAUUGGUGUGGCCGAUGCCGAUUAUGCGGAGUUGGUUCGGAUUGGCAGCAAACCCAGCGCACGCCAUGUCUUCUUUGUGGAUGACUUUGAUGCCUUCAAGAAAAUUGAAGAUGAAUUAAUUACUUUUGUCUGUGAAACCGCAUCAGCAACCUGCCCAAUGGUGCACAAGGACGGAACUGACCUGGCAGGAUUUAAGAUGAUGGAAAUGUUUGGUUUAGUUGAAAAGGAUUUUUCUGCAGUAGAAGGAGUUUCUAUGGAACCUGGCACCUUCAAUUUGUUCCCGUGCUAUCAAAUCCACAAAGAUGCUCUGGUUUCCCAGCCAACCAAGUAUCUGCAUCCGGAAGGGCUGCCAUCUGACUAUACAAUGAGUUUCCUGUUCCGGAUUCUUCCUGACACUCCACAGGAGCCAUUUGCUCUUUGGGAGAUUUUAAAUAAAAAUUCUGACCCACUGGUUGGGAUCAUUUUAGACAAUGGAGGGAAAACUCUGACUUAUUUCAACUAUGACUAUACUGGAGAUUUUCAAACUGUUACUUUUGAAGGACCUGACAUCAGGAAAAUGUUCUAUGGAAGCUUUCACAAGCUCCAUGUUGUUAUCAGCAAGACUUUGGCCAAAGUGGUCGUUGACUGUAAGGAAGUGGGCCAGAAGGCAAUCAACGCAUCCUCCAAUAUCACGUCGGAUGGUGUGGAAGUACUGGGGAGAAUGGUCAGGUCAAGAGGACCCAAUGGAAACUCUGCACCAUUCCAGUUACAGAUGUUUGAUAUCAUUUGCUCUACAACGUGGGCCAAUAAAGACAGAUGCUGUGAACUUCCCGGCCUGAGGGAUGAAGAGGCUUGCCCAGACCUCCCACGUUCCUGCUCUUGCUCAGAAACUAACGAAGUGGCUCUAGGACCAGCUGGCCCCCCAGGUGGUCCAGGACUCCGAGGACCUAAAGGCCAACAAGGUGAACAGGGUCCAAAGGGACCAGAGGGCCCUCGAGGGGAAACAGGUCCUGCAGGACCCCAGGGUCCUCCUGGACCCCAAGGGCCCAGUGGUCUGUCCAUUCAAGGCAUGCCUGGUAUGCCCGGUGACAAAGGAGAUAAAGGAGAUGCUGGCCUUCCUGGUCCACAGGGUGUCCCUGGAGGUGUGGGUUCACCAGGACGUGAUGGCUCACCAGGCCAGAGGGGAUUUCCUGGAAAGGAUGGUUCUUCUGGUCCUCCAGGGCCACCUGGGCCAAUUGGCAUUCCUGGAGCCCCUGGUGUCCCAGGGAUCACAGGGAGCAUGGGACCACAAGGAGCCUCGGGGCCGCCUGGUGUCCCUGGACCAAAGGGAGAGCGAGGUGAACGAGGAGACCUGCAAUCUCAGGCCAUGGUGAGGGCAGUGGCACGCCAAGUGUGUGAGCAGCUCAUCCAGAGUCACAUGGCCAGGUACACGGCCAUUCUCAACCAGAUUCCCAGUCAUUCCUCAUCCAUCCGGACCAUCCAGGGCCCUCCCGGGGAGCCUGGGAGACCAGGUUCACCUGGAACCCCUGGAGACCAAGGACCUCCAGGUGCCCCAGGCUUCCCGGGUAAUGCAGGUGUGCCGGGGACCCCAGGAGAACGAGGUCUAACCGGUCUUAAAGGAGAGAAAGGCAAUCCAGGCAUUGGAACUCAAGGCCCAAGAGGUCCCCCUGGACCAGCAGGACCCUCAGGGGAAAGUCGUCCUGGCAGUCCUGGGCCACCUGGCUCUCCUGGACCAAGGGGUCCCCCAGGCCACCUGGGAGUGCCUGGACCACAGGGUCCUUCUGGCCAGCCUGGAUAUUGUGACCCAUCGUCGUGUUCUGCCUACGGUGUUGGAGUGUCCCAUCCGGAUCAGCCUGAGUUCACCCCGGUCCAGGACGAGCAGGAGGCCAUGGAUCUGUGGAGCUCGAGCAUCUGACGGCCUCAGGAGAUGUCUGAGGAGCAGUGGCAGGCCCUCUUCCGGAGCUUUAACUUACAAGAUGUUGUCACACGGUUGUAUGCUACUUUGUAGGGGGAGGCAGGGCUCGUGUCAUCGGCCGAUAUUUCCUCUAUGGGUAACGUUAAUUGUUGCUUUGAAAACUUGUAUUUUGAAACCAUCCCCUUUUGGGGACACAGUUGCAGUCCUGUCCCUUUGCUGUUUGAAUUGCAUGCCAGUUAAUUUGAUGGUCUUCCAAAGACUGUGAGAGAGGAAUCGGAAAGGAUAAAUUGAACCCCAGGAUCUCUUCUCUGUUAGAUCGUUUCAAUUUAUAAAAUAAACGAGAGAGGUGUGGUUACAUUGGAGGGAAUUAGGGCCCCAGUCGCAGAAGCAUGAAUUUGGAGGUCCAUGGAUAGUGCCACUUAACUGUACCCAUGGCAACGACCUUGCUGAUGAUUAAAAAUACCGCCAUCACUGAGGAAACUACCUCGUUUUUGUUGAAAUUGAUCUGCCCAGUUCUUAGAUCACUCAGUAACUGGUUUCACGGGUAUUCAGAAAUCAGAACUAGACUAUUGCCUUUCUGAAUUUUAUAAUUAAAGAAACAGAUUCUAAUUUCCAGAAGUUUUUGAUCCAUGUAAAAUAAUCACUUCCUACCAGCUCCGAUGCAAAAGAGACCCUUUUUUUUUUUAAAUGAAUAAUUGUCCAGCAGUGUGUUUCAGAGCUUGCCUCCCCUUGACUACAGGGAUUACUUUGUAAAUGCAAAUAUGUUUUUGAAGACUUGUUUUUAUUCUUUUUUAUAAGCAAAUAAAAAAAACUUAAUACAA